AGUAGUAUAGGACAUUCGUGCGUGCGCGCCCGUAUAUGUGUUUGUGUGCGUUCUUAUUGUGCGCGAAGAUACGACUUGCUCAAAUCCUGCCACUAUAACAACACUACAAUUGCUACAAACUAAACUCUAAACUCUAUAUUUAUCGGCAUACAGGGCGCCACAAUCCCCUGUAAAACACAUCUAUUAGGGACCCCCACCUAGUGGCCGUACUAAUGGAAGAAUGUAACUGAUAAUGACACAGUCACUGAUAAUGAGACUCGGUACUAAGGUCAUCCUAAGCAGGAUUUGAUACCCUGGAGUUUCGUGAAUCCUACCUAGAACUCGUGCAAUGGAUCAACGGGGCCGGUGCCCUGAACGCUAGCAAACACACGUGGCAGUAGAUGCGCCUGUUCACCAUCGCUCGGCAUGGCGUUGGAGAUCUUUGCUUGGAACGUGCGGAUCAGAAUUCCCCAGCUCCUCGAUGUGUUGAGACCACGCACGCAUAUGGAAUAAACUGUGGCCGAAAGGGAGUUGCUCUGCGGUGGUGGACUCACAUGGCGCUAGACAUGACAUGCAUGGAGCUCAUCGCUUGAGGUGUCCGGAGUGAACCACGCGCUGCAAUUUCGCUUGCAUUACCAACACCAUAAACUGCAGCAUGCUGUUUACGGCGCCGGCUCGAACCCACGAUACGGUCAUUCAUCCGGCCUUCAGAAUGCAUACGCGAUGCAGUCUAUUUUCAAGCAAGCCAAGCAAAUAUCGAUGUGGAACAAACACACACACACACACACACACACACACACACACACACACACACACACGCGCGCGCGCACACGCGUGUUGUCUCUCUGUAGGGGAGGAGUGCGGUAUACUAUUUUUACCCUUGGCACGAUCGGGGACAAUCGCUGCACAGAGGAAAUAACGUUGCACAGCAGAACAGAAAAAGAAGAAGUUGAUGGAGUGUGAUGGGGAGGAAGUGGGUUGAGUAGUGGCCUACUACUACUACGCUUGUUACUGUUAGUUUUUACGCGCAGCAUCCUCCCCCACCCCCCUCCCUCAUAUUUUUUUGCGCUCCUCGUGUCACGUUCUAACGUUUUUUUUUCUUUUCGCUGACUUAGAUCACACACUUGCGGGGAGCGAAGAGCGCAGAGAAAGAAGGCGAGGGGUAAUGCACUGUGGGUUGUGCUACUGCUACCUCAGCAGGAGAAAGGGGAGGGACUGCCUGCACGUUGUGUUUAUGUUGUACCGAUCGUCUUGCCGAUCCACCUGGCGAUGCCGAAGUGGCUGUGACGCUGGAAUGCGGAAGGCUGAAUCAGAGGAGCAUGCGUGUAAGGAUCAGAAGAGCUCCCGAAAGAUCGGGACAUCCGGAGCGUGCGAGUGUUUUUUCAGCCUGCGCCGAUCGACGAUGCCUGGUCGGGCCGUCUUGGGCCGUCCAUGGCGACACCGAUGGCCAUCAUUAUCGAAACACACACACACACACACACGUGGGCGCGCGAGUCGCAUCAGACUGAGCCCGAAGCAAAGGAGCCCAGCUAGAUGAUAAGCGCGCGCGCCCGAGCAAAGCUAAGCCCGGAGCUGAGCAGAGUGCGAGUGCAAGCGAUGCACCCGUCGACCGGUCCCCCAGUCGAUCAUCGGCCUACCAAGCGAACGGGCGAACACCCAUUACUGCUGCUGACAGCGUGAAAGGGUCGGUGAAACCGAAAGUUUUGUCGAUCGGUUUUGUUGUACCGUGUGCUUCGAGUGUCAAAGGGCGCGUGCGUGUGUGGCACGUGAGCGGAGCGGAGUGCGUGACCGUGCCUUGCUAUCGAUUACGUCUGAUCGAUUACCAACCAAACAGAGCAACGCAGUCCCGGCAGUCGAGCGGCAAGCGCUGAAUCUGAGGUUGUGGCGUGCAGGGUUAGAACCAGAGGCUACAUCACCCAUAGGGCUGGACAAAUGGCGGCAUCAAGCUGAGGCUAAGCUGUUUAGGUCAAACACCAAGUGCGCACCGUUUGGGUGUGCCACUCGCCGCUCCUAGGAAAUCCCGGAUAGACAAUACUGCGACCACGACCCCCUCACCCCCUCCCCACUCCUCUCUCUUUCUAUCUCUCUCUCUCUCUGCCCUCUCUUUCAUUGCACUCACUCACUCGAUCCAUAAUCGCUACUGGACACUGCUAGCGGAGCAGGAUGACUCACGGACCACCAGCCAGCCGCAAGCGCCAACAGCAGCAGCUCAACAGUGACAUCGAACAGAACAUCCACGAUGUGACCCGUGAACUGGAGGAGGAGGGGCUGCCAACGCCACCGGACGGUGGCUGGGGCUGGAUGGUGGUGCUGGCCUCCUUUAGCAUUCACAUUAUUACUGAUGGUUUGACGUACUCGUUCGGUAUCUUCUACUCCGAGUUCUUGACGUACUUCAACGAAGGCAAAGGCUAUACGGCAUGGAUCGCCUCGAUCCUGGUUGGAGUAACACUGUGCUCGGGUCCGAUUUCGUCGUCGCUGGUCAACCGGUACGGUUGCCGGGCGGUGACGAUAGCUGGGGCGCUGCUGGCCAGCGCCUCGCUCGCCGUCAGCAUGUUCGCCACCAGCGUGCUCAUGCUGUUCAUAACGAUUGGCGUCGGGACGGGGCUGGGCCUGGGGCUCAUCUACCUGCCCGCCAUCGUUAGUGUGACGAUGUACUUCGAGCGGUUGCGCUCGCUGGCGACCGGUAUCGCCGUGUGCGGUUCCGGUCUCGGUACCUCCAUCUUUGCCCCGCUCACCGAAACCCUGAUCAAGCGCUUCGAGUGGCAGGGAGCGUUGCUGGCCAUCGCCGGCAUCGUCCUGAUCUGCGUCAUUUUCGGUUGGAUGUUCCGACCGCUGAAGCCAUCGACACCGGCGGAUCGCCGUGGUCGACUGGAGUCCGCGGUGUCCGCGACCGCGAUCGUUACCGAUCCAGCCACCGUUCCACUGCAACAACAGCAACAACAGCAGCAACAACAACCACAACAUUCCACCGAACGAAGUGCGACCGGAUUUAAGACCAUCCAAGGCACCAGCGAAACGAGCGGCGGCGGCAACCUGGCGCGCUCGAACAGCCACGGCAUUCUUGCCGGCAACAGCCCCCGGAUCGACCAGAAUGGCCACUCGGUGAGCGGUCACAACCUCGACAAGCGAACGUUGGCUGACGAUGAGAAGCACUUUGGCCGCAGCCAACCGCUCCUAGCAGUGCCAGGUGACGAUCACCAGCUGCAACAGCAGCAGGGACAGCAGGGCCAAUCAGAUCAGCAGCAUGGGUCGGUCGGUACGCUGAAGCACGCCGAGAGCGGAACGAUGUACCGAAAGGACGCUCUGUACACCGGCUCCGUGCACAACAUCGCCUCACGACACCCAUCCCAGGUCAACCUUGCCACGUACGAGAAGGGUAGCUACGGUUCGGUGCAGGGUGACGGAUGCAGCAAUGGUCGAUUAGUGCCGGGCCGGACUGUCGGAAGUGGUAGGUCAUCGGUGGUGGGGGGACGAGCCGCGUCACCGACCAACCAGGAGGAACGCUGCCUCGGUUGCAUCCCCUGUUCGCGCGAAACCUGUGACACAUUCCGCGAGAUGAUGAACUUUUCCAUCCUGAAGGAUCCAGUGUUCAUCGUGUUCACCGUGUCCAACUUCCUCACGAGCGUCGGCUUCAAUGUACCGUACGUCUACCUCACCGAGCAGGCGCUCGCUACCGGUAUCGAUACGAAGCAGGCGAGCUACCUGCUCGGCAUCAUCGGUAUCGCCAACACGCUCGGCCGCAUCGUCCUCGGCUACCUGUCAGACAAGACGUGGGUCAACCGGCUGGCCGUUUACAACAUUUCGCUGUCGGUUUGCGGCGUCGCGACCGCCCUUUCCGUCCUGUGCUACAACUUCGAGACGCUCGCCGUCUACUCGGGCAUCUUUGGCUUCACGAUCGGGGCGUACGUCGGUCUUACAUCGGUUAUACUAGUCGAUCUGCUCGGGUUGGAGAAGCUCACCAAUGCGUUCGGGCUGCUGCUGCUGUUCCAGGGUAUUGCCUCGCUCAUCGGACCACCGAUUGCUGGGUGGCUGUAUGACUAUACGCUCUCGUACGGUCCCGGGUUCGUAAUGGCUGGCACGGCGAUUGGCGUCAGCGGUCUCAUGCUGUUCGGUAUACCCGCGCUCCAGCGAUACCUUGUCAGGAGACGCACCCUCACCGACCAGGCUACGAUCGGUAUUCCGCUGCACUGAGCGCUUGAGUUGUACCAAGCGCUCUCACUCAUAAGAACCACCCUUCCGAUCUUCCCCACCCCUUUCUCUGGGGGUUGUUGGCCUUUGCUUCCUUCGUCGCGUUCCGCAGAUGUACAGCCUGUUAGCCUGUAAGUUAAUAAAAGCAAUGCGUACGCCCUAAACUGAAAACGACAACAACAACAACACUGCUUCUAAGCUCUAAAGUCGUAUCUAAAGCUUUCCUAACACCAGAGGGCGCUAUAAGGUACUUAUGUACAGGGAGAACGCCUGAACGAUCUGAUCGAAAGUUAAAGGCGACCUGCAUUUUGAGUUUUGCUUUGAGAUUCUUUAUUAAUUAAAAAUCGAAUUUAGAAUAGAUGUUGGUUGUAACAGUAACAACACCAUGCCGCCACACCACACAGCUAUGUGUUCACCGCGGUAAGAGUGAUCCUAACUAUCUGUCGCGGAGUUUAGUGUGUACGAAUUUGUGUGUGUGGAACAGGGGUGUCCCGCGACGUGCCAAGCGGAAGAUCACGAGUUCGUACAGGGAGCGCAUGAUGGGAACCGUCUCGCACAAAGCACGCGUGUGUGAGAUUAAGAAGAAGAAAGAGAAAAAAACGGAUGGGCAAGCAAUGCCGCUACGGGACGGGGACCCUUGAUUAUCGGCUGUUAUAUAUAUAUAU